AUGAAAAAACAAGAUGUGUGUGUGAAACACUGGUGCCCCUGUAUUGUAACUUUUAAGGAAGUUUGCGCCAUCUGGAUAAUAAGGAGACAGGGACAAAGGUUGCAGCAAAACCAACAGACUGCAGAUGACGCUGAUGAUAUGGAAAAGAAUAUUAGCACUAGGAUCCACAUACAUAUCCUGCAAAGAAGAAAUUACAUCUUACUAGAGGGAUUAAAAACUAAUCUAGACUCAAACUUUCACCUCAAAUGGAAAAAGGAUAAAAACGACAUUUCAAAUAAAUAUAGGAUUGGUGACCGAGCAAUUUCCAUCGGAAUUUUUUCCGGAGAAGACUGUGGUAUUUACCAGGGUUUUACUGAACAAAGUGGCAUAGGAUGCUGUAGAAGAAGGAAGCGAAAUACUUACCCUGUUACAGUAGAAUUCCAGAAACUAAAGCUUAUUGGAGUACAUUUCAUCAACAGUGGCGAUACAAUCUCCGAAGAAAUCCAAUCUUCAAAUUCCUUUUCUAUUUGGGAUUCUCAUUCCGAUCAUGAGAAACCUUGUGUGGUACUCGUAACAGAGUCACCAAGCGACCCAUCGUCUUCUAUUCAAAGGAAUCCUCACGAUGAAAACGGAAAUUCUGGACUUGUUUUUAUCUUAAAGUGUGCAGCUUUACUCAACGAGGAUUCUUCUUUUUCAUGGAAUAACAAAAGAAAAAAAGAAGCACUAAAUAAUGUGGAAAAAUUCUUAAAUGAGAAAUCUCAUAAAGUGGAAGAAUAUAAGAAUGUCGCCCUUAACUUAAAAAGUUGUUCUUCGUACAAGUCAACGCCCAGUUCCUUCAAAUUGUCUGAUGACGUAGAGCUCGAGACCUUGUGGAUUUUGUUAAACAGAUGCCGAUCUCCAGUGGAGGUUUUAGAAUAUAUUUCGGAUCAAAGAUUGGCGAAACUCGCAAAAAAGUACUUCCGAUUAGAAGGAUACAUGCAUCAUGCUGACGAAUCUUACGUCUUAUUGCCGUGCUCUGUAGCAAAUAUCUACCUGAAAUGUUUUCAUGAUGAAAUCUUUAAAACUACAGAAAAUCUUUUGGAGAAAAAAGAUGCCUUUGACCAGCGGACUUGUACAGACUUUGAAUGUUUUGUUCACUAUGCACUUUACAGCGAUCUUCCUACGUCUGAAACAGUUUUGGAAUAUUUCCGAACGUCUGGUUAUGAAAAAGAAACCAAUGAAGAAUGUAUUAUUGUACCUUCUGAAUACAACAAGAAUGUCAUAGAGAAGAUGGACGUGGAUAUUAUUGUUCAUAAAACAUUUAAAGAUGUUGCAAUUCACGAAGCUGUUGUAAAAAUAUUAAGAAUUCCAGAAGAAGUAAUUGGGUGGAACGAUGAAAGAAAACAACGAUUUAUUGAAGAACUGAAGAAAGGAAAAUCACGAAUUCAUCGAGCUAGAGUUAUAGUUGUUGGGUGUGCAGGAGCAGGUAAAACAACUUUGGUUGAAAGACUGAAACAUCCAGACAAAGAUGAGAUGCCUAGAACUACCACAACUGUUGGUCUUGAUGUUCACAGAAAUGUGUUUCUAGUCGAAGGCGGGAAACUAAUAUUAAUGGGAGAUGCAACUUCUUUGUCAUCUUCGAGUAGCAAAGACAAAAUGCUAACUGUGAUGGACUUUGCCGGACAAAGUGCAUAUUACGCAUGUCAUCAAGUUUAUUUGACCAAGAGAGCAAUUUAUUUAUUAGUCACAGACAUGUCAAAAUCUAUGGAGGAAAAGGUUGGACAACAUGUUUGUGACGCUGAUGGAACAAUUUUUGCAGACUGGAAAUACGGAGAUUAUAUUAGUUUUUGGCUUCAGAGCAUUCGGACAUACUGCGGGGAAGACAUGCCAGUAGUUCUGGUGGCAACACACAAAGACAAACUUCAGAAAUUGGACAAGAGCUUUUACGAGGACAUUCUACAUUCUUUACCUAAAAAACAAAAUCUGAAGAAACAUUUGUCUAUAGAGAGGUAUUUUGAGAUUGAAGCGGCUCCCAAGGACAAUGAUAAGAUAUUAGAAAUUCAGGAUCGUCUAAUUGACCUCUUAACGUCAAAGAAGGAAGAAAACUCAUACUCUCACUGGGGGGAAUUUGUCCCAUCCUUUUGGUUAACUGUUGAAGGAGAAUUAGAACAAAACAGAGAAAAAGUCAUGCGUGUGUCGCAAUUGAAAGAAAGAUACAAUUUAGAACUUUCUGAAAAUAUUGAUAGAUUUCCUGAUAAAGUUCGACAUCGUUGGUUUCAGUUAAAGGUCAGAAUUGGUGUAGAAGUAUCAAAAGAUAUAAAAAAAAUUCGUGACAUGCUACAAUUCUUUCAUGAAAUUGGGUAUAUUCUUUUUUUCAAUGAAACGCCCUUAAACGAUGUUGCCAUUCUAGAUGUCCAAUGGUUUAUUGAUGCAUUCAAAUCGUUAACUAGGGAUAAAAAUCAAGCAGACGUAGCACUACCCACAAAUUCCUCAGACAAAAAAAUCCCAAUUCUCAUGGACUGUUUCCAAACUGCAGAAGAUAUGGAAGAGUUCUAUCAAUCAGGAAAGCUACCAUGUGAAACUCUGAAAAAGUUCUGGGAAUCUCAUGAAGAUGAAGAUCUCCUCGAAAAUAGUGACUCUAUUUUAAAAUACAUGGAACGUCUUGGUCUUUUAGCCAUUGGAAAAAUCUUUCAUUACAUACCAUGUGUGAACAAAAUGGAUAUCAAUAUUUCACAACUUGAGGGGAUAUCUGCAAAACAGCACAAGACAUCAGUCUUACAUUUCCGAUUCAAGCAUUGCCUGCAUCAUUUCUUUUUCCAAAGAGUUGUCGUUGCUUGUAUGCACAAAUGGAAAUACUUGGAAAUAGAUCGCAAAAUUCAGUUGUUCAAAAACGUUGUUUUGCUAGAACACAUACAAAGGGGAAAUGUCAUUGUAAUCGGCGUAAAUAAAACAGCGAUUCAGUUAUUGGUAUACAGCAGUAGUACUUCAAGAUUGCUGCGUACCGCUGAUACUUACAAAGUUCGAAAUACUGUCGAAAAAAUCAUAAGUUCCGUUGUAAGAACAUUUCACAGAGCCGUGAAUUAUGAAGUAGGAUUCAGUUGUUUGGAGAGUGACAAGAUAACGCAGGAAUGUGAAGGACAAUUUAUUCUAGAGAAGGAUGCAGUGGCCAUGUCAAAGCUUGAGGAAGGACGCGAAUGUGAUUACCACACUGAAACACACUAUAUACAUUGGAGUAAAAUGGUCAAACAUUGGAAUAAAGACCAAGGUCUGAGAUUAUGGUGCUUUUCAAGAGAGAGGAGAAAUUCGACGGUAGAGGGUAUCACCAGAGAGGCGCAAACAGAGAAUAGGAAACCACUUUUGAAAAAUGAUGAAAGACACUUUCUUAUCAACAUGGAGAACCUUCAAACUGGGAAUAAUCAAUUAUCUGACGAAGAUUUGAAGAAACUUUAUUGGAAUAUGUUUCAAAAACUCGGAGAAAUUUCUCGAGAUGCAUUACAAAUGUACUUUGACGGUAAAUUCUCCAAAGAAGACCUAGAAAAUGUACUCAAGACUAAUGAGAACGACAUGAAGAAUGGUCGUUACAAAUUAGGGGAAAAUGAGAUAUCGAUUCUAUUUCCAGAUGACAGAAGUUGUCCAUUAUCUGCAACAUUUGACAUAACGAUAAUGUACAAACUGCUAAGGAAUUAUGGCGAGGAUAUGCCGAAACCGAACAGCCAGGAAUGGGGGAAAAAACCACAUAUUACAGACAAAAAGGAGACUGAUGAUAUAGAAAGAGUCCGACAUUACAGAAACGAGUUUUUUCAUGCAACACCAGAAACAAGUAUCAUGGUGAAAGAUGAUUUUGAACUUAGCUGGAUGGACUUAUCCAAU